GGUCGUUUUCGUUUUGCAUUUGUAUUUGAUUUGCGAAGAAGUUGAGAAGCGGUCGACGCUUAGUGGGCGAGCGAUUGAGUGCCUGCGAUCGUUGAGAGAGAAAAAUUUGGAAACUUUUUGAGGGAGUCAGAGUUGACCACAAAAUAACGGGUCUCGUGACCGCAAGAAAAUAGUGGAGAGCAAAAGCAAGAAGAGACUUCGGUGUUGGGGAUGCCAAUUAUGAGGGUCCUGCGUAGCGUUUUUUCCUGUUCGGGCAUUGACGGAUCGUAUUCCUCUUGAUCAUUAUUUGCUUAUUCGUAUACCGAUAUCAACAUAUCUUUUUUUCCAGUGUACGUGUAGCCUGGUAGUGGGAAGAUUGCACUUGCGGAAGCUGUAGCGCUUGUUCGGAGCAGACUCUGCUCCGACCCCCGCCAAGCGUCAUCACCUGCAGUAAUUAAGUAAAGAACGUCAAACAACUUACAUUUUAUCCUCGUUGUUACAGUUUUCCAUUGGAAAUUUUUCUUUAUGUAGAUUUUCAUCGAAAACGAAAAAUCAAACAAUGCCGAAGACGGAGCGGAGUGCUGCCGGCGCUACGAGCGCCAAAACGUCAGCGAUGCGUACAGGCACGACGACGCAACAAAACAAUGAGAAGAAUCAGGUGAAAGGGACGAAGUUCAAAAUGCAAAAAGUCGCCCCCUCUGGUAUUGGCCAAGCCGUCGACCGUUCCGUAGAGCCUGACCAUCCGAUGUUGGAAAAAAUAUCAAGCUUUCCGACCCUAUGCACUAUGCUGGUGAUUUUCUUGGCGCCAAUAAGCUUCUUCGGAAUACAAGGUACGUACUUACUGCCUUUUCGAACGAAAUGUCGAUUGUUCAGCAGAGUCAGUUAGUUCACUCGGAUACUUUUGAAAAAGAAUUGCUGCAAGCUUUAAAAGCCCUGUUCUAGAGUACAUUUUUCCUCAAUUUUGAUGUCGGCUUCGAGCGUCCGAGCCCAUGAUUGAUCAUGAGCAGAGCGCUCCGACUUCUAUCCUCCAGGUAACAGUGAGUUGGGCGAUUGCGCGGACACGCUGGCGUCUUGCAAUACGGUCUGCACGGAGCAACAUCGACAAGCCCUGACGUUGCUUCGGGGGGCUGAGAAGUUUGCCAUUCAAGCGGCUGCCGACGCGGAGCUUGCGACAUGCACCGCAGCUUGCGAGGAGGUAAACAGCCAAUGCAACUUCGAGGCUAUGCUGAAGAUUGUGGCGUGUUUGGGCUUGGUUGGUAUUGUGGUCUGUGUUGCCGCGCGCGCAAACGUGAAUUUCUUCGUCGAGCAAAAUAUCAAGAACAUGGAGCGCGACAUCGCCGAAGAGGCCGCAGAGAUGGCGCGGAAGGCACAGAAGGAGCAAAAGAAGUCCGUCACCGGGUCCCCCGAAAAGAAGAAGGCCGGAUCGAAGGCGCUGUUCGAUGAGGACGCUGGACCAGACGACGAUGCGAAAAGCCAUCACUCGGGUAGCAGCAAGGGCACCGGCGUCGUAAACAAGUCGGAAACCAAAGCAACCUCCUCUGCCGGGCGCAGUGAGGACUCCAGCGCGCUUUCCGCGAACGUGAUCAAAGGCAGCGGGCUGGAGGAAAUCAUCACCUCGAGCGUGAUUCCGCGUAAUCCGUACAUUGUAAAGACGUUCACGGGCAGCAGAAACCAGAAGACGCGGUGUCCCUACUGUCUCACGGAGUUCUACAACGUCGUCAGCCACGAUCUGGUGCAAGGAACGCUCUCCAGCUCCCCCGUGGUCUGUAUAGGCUGCAACGAAGUCAUCUCGGGCUUCGUCUGA